AUGGAUCCCAGAGACACCAUCCUUCUCUGUUUUGGGGAUUUUCCUAUUCCUGUCAUAUCUGCCACACCUGGUUCUAUGAUUCCCUGGAAUGAGUCUGUGAAGAUCCUGUGUUGGGGGACUCCUGAGUCUUACUUGUACCAACUGGAAAUCCUGAGAAACUUCACAUUCAAGGUGGUGGAGAAGAAACUGGGAUUUCAGAAUGAGGCUGAAUUCCUCAUUAAACACAUGAAUCCAAACACUGCAGGGCGUUAUCAGUGCAAGUAUAGGAAACAGGACCACUGGUCAGAGCACAGUAAAGCCUUGGAGCUGAUGGUGACAGGCUUCUACAACAAACCCUUCAUCGCUGCUGACCAGGAUACUGUGGUGAUGCUAGGGAAGAACAUCUCCCUGCAGUGCAGUUCAGCACACAUCCCAUUUGAUAGAUUUUCACUGACCAAGGAAGGAGGAGCUGCCCUGGGGGACAGAACCAAACUGGGGGACACCAAGGCGACUUCACAGAACCAAACUGGGGGACACCAAGGCGACUUCAUUCUAGGUCCUGUGAACCAAAGCUUCUCAGGGAACUACAGGUGCUAUGGUUGGUACAGUGGAAGCCCUUAUGUGUGGUCAGCCCCCAGUGAUGCCCUGAGGCUUGAGGUCACAGAUAUAAUGAAACAAGAUUACACAAUGGGAAAUUUGAUCCGAAUGAGUGUGGCAGUGCUGGUCCUUGUGGCUCUCUUGGCCAUACUGCUUGAAAAUUGGCACAGCCAUCAGACUCUAAACAAGGAAGACAGAGCAGAUUUUCCUGAGCUGAGCUGGAGUAAACAGAAAGACAUGUGGACCUUUGAACAAACCCCUGACAGCCACAAGGUAGACACAAAUCACUGA